AGAGCGGCCGCCACUGCACCCUGCCAGCCGCGCCAGCCCACUUUUUCCCAACCGCACCGCCAUCGUCUCCUCUGCAAGCACAAUGACUCGCCCGGCCUUCUCCAUCUUCUCGCACAGCGUCGGCGCCAACGUCGCCGGCCACGCGCUGCCGGCCAAGCUGCGCGCCAUUGCCGCCGCCGGCUUCGACGCCGUCGAGAUCUUCUCCGACGACCUCAGCGUGUUCGCCAACAGCGCCGAGUUUGCCUCGCACCUCGACGCCGCCGCGCCGUCGCCGCCCGACUCGCCGCUGGCGCGCGCCAAGCUGCUCGCCGGGGCCGCCGCCAGCGCCUCGGCGUCGUCGUCGAGCACGCUCGAGCCGGCGCUCGUGUACAACGCCUACGGGCCCUGCAGCGCCGCCGAGCUGGCGCGCGAGCAGGCGGCCGCGGCGUACAUCGGCAGCCUGUGCGCCUCGCUCGGCCUCAGCGUGCUGAACCUGCAGCCGCUGCGCGACAUCGAGGGCUGGGUCUCGGACGCCGACUUUGCCGCUGCGCGUGCCCGUGUCAACUCGCGCUUCCCCAUCAUGCGUGCGCUCGGCACCAGCCUGCUGCUGGCGUGCUCCAACAACGAGGGCGCGCCGCGCACCAGCGGCGACGCCGAGUUCACGGCGCGCCAGCUGGCCACGUACGCCGACGACGCGCGCCGCUUCGCCGAGGAGUGCGGGGGCGAGGUGAUCCGCAUCGGCUACGAGGCGCUGGCGUGGGGCGCCCACGUCGACACCUGGACGCAGGCCUACGAGCGCGUGCGCCUCGCCGACCGCGAGAACCUCGGCCUCGUGCUCGACAGCUUCAACACGCUCGCGCGCGAGUACGCCGACCCGUGUGUGGCCGGCUGCGUGGCGUCGCCCAACGCGCUCGAGAACGGCGCACUGGCCGCCUCGCUCGACGCCAUCAGCAAGCUGCCGGCCGAGCGCAUCUUCCUGCUGCAGCUCGGCGACGCCCGGCCGCCGCCGGCGCCGCUGGCUCCCGCCUCGGAGGCCGACCCACGCCCGGCGCGCCUGCGCUGGAGCCGCUCGCACCGCCUCUUUCCCGGCGAGAAGAGCCGCGGCGCCUUCAUGCCGCUGCCCGACUUCGUCCGCGCCGUGCGCAAGGCCGGCUUCACGGGUGCAUGGAGCAUCGAGGUGUUCGCCGACGAGCUGAGCAACGAGGACGCCGGCGUCCCCGAGGAGAUGUCGCGCCGCGCCUUCCAGGGCCUCGAGUGGCUGCUCCAGGAGACCAACUAGUGUUUGCGCCCUUGCCUCUGUCCUCCGUCACCUCAUCACUGCAUCCCAUGGCUCCGUACAUCACACGAACUGCAUCCCUUCUCAUGACCCAAAUGCCAUCAUCAGAC